CGCCUACGUCUCUUUCCUUUCCCCGCCUCACCCACCCUCACUCAGCAGCCGCCGAAAUGGCCUCCUCUUCCUCCGAGUACGCCCUCUCCGACGCCGACUCCUCGUCGGGCGCGGGCGACGACAGCGCGGCACGGCAGGCCAGCGGCACGGCGCACACGUCGUACCGCACCAUUGCGCCGCUGCCCUCUUCGCGCACUGCGUCGCCCUCUGCCGCCGCUGAGAGUAGCAAUGGCGCGGUGAAGAAGGAAGAAGACGUCGCCAUGGCAUCCAGCGUGCCUCCUCAUCCGCUGCAACAGCCUGCUCCGCGCGCGCCGGUGCUGCGGCACGCGCUGCCGCCCAAGCCCGGCUCUUCCUCGCCCGCGCCGCUGCCUUCCUCGGCCGCCGCGGCGUUUGCCAAGCGUGCGCGUGCCGGCGCAGACAUGGUGCCCGUGGCCGCCAAGCCGCCCAAGACGGCCACUGAGCGUGCAAAGCAGCCGCACCUCAUCGUCGUGCUGGAACAGGCGUGUCUCGAGACGUACAAGAUGAGCAGCGGCAGCAGCAGUGCCGCGCCCGCGCAAGGAGGAAGCGCAGGGAGAGGGAGGAGUAAGACGGAAGGCGACAAGUAUGCGCUGUUGAACUGCGAUGAUCAUCAGCGAGUACUGGCAAAGAUGGGAAGGGACAUUGCAGAGGCCAGACCGGACAUUACACACCAGUGUCUCCUCACGCUGCUCGAUUCGCCGCUGAACAAGGCCGGCCUCUUGCAAGUCUACAUCCACACGGCACGCGGCGUCUUGAUCGAGGUCAACCCGCACGUGCGCAUUCCGAGGACGUUCAAGCGGUUCAGUGGCUUGAUGGUGCAACUGCUGCACAAGCUCUCCAUCCGCAGCGUCAAGGGCAGCGAGAAGCUGCUCAAGGUCAUUCGCAAUCCGGUGACGGAGCAUUUCCCGCCCAACACUCGCAAGAUCACCCUCUCCUUCGAUGCGCCCGUGCAGCGCCUCUCCUCCUAUCUCGCCACCUCGAUUCCCGCAGACCACAGCAUUGCCGUCUUUGUCGGCGCCAUGGCGCACGGCCAGGACAGCUUUGCCGACGCCGUCGUCGACGAGAAGAUUUCGAUCUCCGAGUACAGCCUGAGCGCCAGUGUCGCAUGUGGCAAGUUCUGCUGUGCACUCGAGGACUUCUGGGGCGUCGUGUAGGAUCGCCCUUCUCCUCCUCCUGCUCUCUUCUUCUCACUCGGCAUGUCCCCCCCCCCCC